AUGGGGCAAUCUGAGUCCAGAGAAAGGCUGCUUUAUGCUCAGAUGUUAAAGUCAAUGUUAGUUAGUAGAGGAGUGAAAGUCUCAGCUGCUCAAGUAGAGAGGUUUUUAAAGUUUGUUCAUGAGCAGUGUCCCUGGUUCCCUGAGGAGGGUACUGUCAGCCCAGAGACCUGGGAGCGAGUAGGGCAACGGCUUAAGGACUUUCAUGCUGGAAAUCCGACCCAUACUCCGUUGGAUGCAUUUUCCAUCUGGGGUUUGGUAAGGGACAGCUUGGGGUCUGUGCCAGAGUCCAUAUGUCGUUCUCGGUCUCUGGAUUCGCUGACGGGGCCUUCUCACAGGAGACCUCAGCGGCCCAGGGAAGAUAAUGAGCAGUUCCCCACUCCUAAGGAAGAUCAUUUGUAUGACUUCCCGGAGAGGGGUGAUGAGGAAGAGACCUUCAUAACAAAAGAUAGUAUUGAGCAGGUGAGAACAGUAUUGGAUGAGAUUCAGAAAAAACUACGAAAGAGUAAAAGGAAGCAUGAGCAUGAAGGAGAGGGGCCAGCAGCUCCUCCUCAGCCUCCCCCACCCCCUCUUUUAGGGACAGCUCCGUCAGCUACUCGCUCUCCAUUAGAAGAGGCUCUGUUCAGGGCCCGGGAGAGAGGAGAUGAGGACAUAGAGGGCAUUAACUUAGCCUUCCCUGUCCAGGAGGUGCCUGAUCCUAACAAUCCAGGUCAAACAGUUCGUGAACAUAUUCCAUUCCCCCUAAAAACUUUAAAAGACCUAAAAGUGGCAUGUGCUCAGUAUGGAGCUACGGCUCCUUUUACUGUUAGCAUAUUAGAAAGUUUAGUUGACCAAGCCACUACUCCUAAUGACUGGAGAACUUUAACCAGAGCUUGUCUCUCUGGGGGAGAUUAUUUACUAUGGAAAUCAGAAUUUCAAGAACAUGCUCGAGAACAGGCUCGUAGGAACCAUCUAUCGGGCCAGAAUCCUCAGCAGAAUUGGGGUUUAGAAAUGUUACUGGGAGAAGGUAAUUUUGCUGGAACUGAUGUGCAGAUACGCUACCCAGCUGAGGUUUAUAUUCAAAUAAAUUCUUGUGUUUUAAAGGCAUGGAAAAAACUCCCUUCGGGGAGAAGGACAGAGGAACUCUCUAAGAUUGUGCAGGGACCUGAUGAGAGAUAUCAAGAUUUUGUUUCUAGAUUAUUGCAAGCAGUGGGCAGAGUUGUUGCUGAUGGAGAAGCAGGAACUCUACUAGUUAAGCAGCUUGCUUUUGAAAAUGCUAAUACAGCCUGUCAGACUAUUCUUAGGCCUUAUUACAGAAAAGGAACCCUUGAGGACUAUAUACGCCUUUGCGCUGAUGUUGGUUCUUCUUAUUUGCAAGGAGUUGCACUUGCGGCUGCUCUCAAGGAAACAACUAUAGAGGGCAUCGUCAGGCAAACUAGUAGCCAAGGGAUGACUUGUUUUGGCUGUGGACAGAAGGGACAUAUGAAAAAGGAGUGUCGGAAAAAGGGGCAGAGUAAUAAUAAUGGAAACAACAAAAAAUCCCCAGGGCUUUGCCCAAAGUGCAAGAGGGGAAAACAUUGGGCUAAUGAUUGUAGAUCGAAAACUGAUAAGGAUGGAAAUCCGUUGCAGGGAAACUUCAAAAGGGGCCAAGCCCCGGCCCGGCAGACAAUAGGGGCAGUUUCCAUGCUGCAGCAAGGCCGACAGCCAUUGACCGAUCAGGAGAUUAUGCAGAUGAAUCAAAGGUCCGGGUCAAAGACCUACGACGGGCCACUGAGGGAAGCGCAGGAUUGGAUUUAA